AUGGGCCUGCUCUAUAACCCGGAGACUGAACAGCCACCAGCGCAACCAAAGAUGGCGCAUUAUAUGAAGGGUGUCAUAUUCAGCAUGGCCUAUGAGGACAUCAUCGGCCAAGAAUACCUCGAGCGACUGAUCGACAAUUUCUGGUCAAAUCUGCUCUACACGUACUUCCCUCCUAAAAACGGCUUUGGAAUCUUCCCCUGGCGCCAAAUGGGCAGCCCCGAAGGCCGCAAGUCGCAUCUCACGGUCGCACAUAUCACCGCCGACGGCAGCAAGACAUUGAUUGUCUUUGAGAACCGCAAGCCCCAAGAAGGCGACUCAGCGACGCCCGAGGAAUGGGCAAGCGCCAGCGAAACGCUUUUCGCGAAUAUCCAGGCCACCCGCGAGAGCACUCAGCAGUCAAAUACUAUCUACGGUGCCGUUACGAUCGGGACUCAUGUGCGCUUUUACGUCGCGCAGCCCGAGGCUGCGGCCUUAGAGGAUCUUCCCAGCGCGGAGACGGGCAAGGCAUAUGAGCUGAAGGACGAUGAGCGCGAGAUCCACAAGAUCUUGACGAAGUUCAAGGACGAAGCGUUGACCUGA